CCUGGAUAUACGAAAAACAAAACGAUUCAAAUUCAGUUCGAUUACCAGGUGUUUGUCUUUUCUCCUACUGGUACCGGCUACAAACGUCCUCAAACAAAUAAAAAAAUGAGGGAAAUUGUACACAUUCAAGCAGGUCAAUGUGGAAACCAGAUAGGUGCUAAGUUUUGGGAGGUGAUUUCGGACGAGCAUGGGAUAGAUCCUUGUGGGAACUACCACGGGAACAGCGACCUCCAACUGGAGCGUGUCAACGUCUACUACAACGAAGCUACUGGUGGUAACUUCGUCCCCAGAUGCGUCCUGGUGGAUCUGGAACCCAUGAACCUGGACUCUGUGAGAUCCGGACCGUUUGGACAACUCUUUCGUCCGGACAACUUCAUCUGGUCGAUUGGAGGUGCUGGAAAUAACUGGGCCAAAGGUCACUACACCAAUGGAGCAGAAAUCGUUGAUGCUGUUAUGGACAUCAUAAGGAAAGAGUGUGAGGGUUGCGACUGUCUCCAAGGUUUCCAACUCACGCAUUCCCUUGGUGGUGGUACUGGUUCAGGUAUGGGCACCUUGAUCAUGAAUAAGGUACGAGAAGAGUACCCUGAUAGAAUGAUAUACACUUAUUCAGUUUGCCCGUCCCCAAAAGUAUCAGUUACCCUGGUAGAGCCUUACAAUGCCGUGUUGUCCAUCAAUCAGCUCAUCGAGAAUGCAGAUGAAACCGUGUGUAUAGACAACGAGGCUUUGUACGAUAUCUGCUUCAGGACUUUGAGGCUCACCACUCCAACCUACGGUGAUUUGAACCAUUUGGUAUCGGUGGCCAUGUCGGGGGUGACCACUUGCUUCAGGUUUCCAGGGCAACUCAACGCAGAUCUGAGGAAAUUGGCUGUGAAUACUGUACCUUUCCCGAGGCUUCACUUCUUCAUGUGUGGUUUUGUUCCUUUGACCUCUAGAGGCAGCCAACACUACCGAGCAUUGUCAGUGCCGGAUCUCACCCAACAGAUGUUCGAUGCCAAGAAUAUGAUGGUUGGUUGUGACCCCAGACACGGGAGGUAUCUAACUGUAGCAACGGUGUUCCGUGGGAGGAUGUCAAUGAAGGAAAUCGACGAGCAAAUGAUCAACAUCCAGAACAAAAACAGCAGUUACUUCGUCGAAUGGAUCCCUCACAAUGUGAAGACGGCAGUUUGUGAUAUACCCCCAAGAGGUCUCAAGAUAUCCGCUACUUUUAUGGGUAACACCACAGCGAUUCAAGAGCUGUUCAGGAGGCUGUCCAAGCAGUUCACUUCGAUGUUCAGGAGGAAGGCGUUCUUGCAUUGGUACACCGCAGAAGGAAUGGAUGAGAUGGAGUUCACAGAGGCUGAAUCGAACCUUAACGACCUCAUAACGGAGUAUCAGCAGUACCAAGAGGCUACUUGUGAUGAUGGAGAGUACGGUGAAGGGGAAGAGGAAGAAGAAGAAGAAUGAUACUAUCUCCAGAUUGUUAAGCAUAAAGUUGAAACUAACUAGUUUUGGGAAUUUUUCCAGUUUAUUAUCACUUUUGAUUCUUGUUAGGCUUAAGAUUUCGAUGUUCUUGAAAAUUUGAGAUUAAAAAUGAUAAUUUA